UACCGGGUUUUACAAACAACAUUACACGGGGGACGUAACAUUUACGUUGGAUUGAGACAAUCAAAUAAACACUUCCCAACUCUAGACUCAUCAAAGUGAAGAGAUGAAAACACGAUCGUCUUCUCCGCCCCUCCAUGUUCAUGUCCCAGACUCAACAUCUGUGCAUGUUCACCUAAAGAAGAGUCCACAGAAGUGGCCAGCGGCGCCACCUUUGCAGAGUAAAGUGGGCCAUCUGCGAUCCACUGCCAGUGUAAAGGUCCGAGCUCCCUGGGUUCCUCCUGGAAAGACCUUCAGACGAAAGGACUACAAAAGGGAGGGGACGACACGUUGCUUAGAGGUCACACCCGGACCGUCCACUGACCCUUCCUCACCUCCUCUGCGGCUCACUGACCUGUCAAGUGAAGAGAACAAUGCUAGAGGAGCGACUGGCAACAUUUCAGAAUACGAGAGAAAAAUUGAAAGACUUAUGUCUGAGGUUGACGAUAUAAAAAAUGAGGUAAAGUUACGGCAAACAGAAGACCAACUAAUGCACCAGUCACAGCAGUUGAGUGCCCGUUUUCACCUUAUUGACAAGCAAGAAGAAAAACUAGAGACAGCCAAUAAGGAAUUGACAAAGUCUAGGCGUGACAAUUCAGAUCCCCAUAGCACUGUAGAUGGAACGCAUGGAGGACCUGGGCCAACUAGAUCAGAACCAGGAGCUCCACCUCAUGAUAUAGAAACUCUGCUUAGGAAACUAGUGGAAGCUGAGAUAGAUGGGCAGGCUGCGGCCAAACAAGUCGCGGUUCUAAGGGAAACCAUAGGAAAACUCAGGAAGGACAAGAAGCAGUCAAAGACACAUUCUGAUCAUCUGGGUCGUCAUCAUGAUCUACUAGAGCAGAAGCUGAAAGCCUUUGAGGAGACAAAUCGCAAUCUCCGGCGACUUCUAAGGGAGCAGCAUGGACGAGAGACAGAUGCGCUGAGAAUGUCAGAUGAGAGGGAGAUGCUGAUGAGAAAACUAGCAGAAUCAGAAUCUGAUAAAAGGAAGCUUGAGGCUAAACUCAACACUAAGGAGAGGGAGUCCAAUCAGCUAGCUGAGAAUUUGGAAACCGAAAGGGACCAUUUGAGGACCACAGGAGGGCUCUCAAAGGUUCUCGAAUCCACCCGUAGACGUCUGCAGAGCCAGCUACAUAAGAAAGAGGCAGAAAAUAACCGUUUGGAGGCUCAGAUUCAAAGGUUGGAGGGGACGCUGCAGCAACAGCAGGAGGAGGUUCAGGGCCUGCUGGAGCAGAUGAAAGAGCUGAAACAACACUGCGAAGGAGACAGGGACAUCAACAAACAGAUUUUGGAAGACCAGAGGAAACGGGCUGAACAUAGUGUGAAUACAGCAGCACAGCUCUCAGCACAACUUCUGGAGAAGGAGGCUCAGUUGGCAGAGGCACUCUCCGCCGCUGAGGAACUUCGACAGCGUUACGCCAAACAGAACAGAGGGAAAAGCCAACUUGAGCUAGAGAUCACCACCUUAAACAAUCGUAUCACUGAGUUAACCGAACAGCUGCGCAGUUGUGAAGAGAAAGCCUGCGCAGAGAGAGAAAGCCAGCUCAGCCGUCUGCACUCCAUUACUUCAGAGAGCACAUCUGUUAAACUGGAGAACCAGAGACUCAAGACCACUCUGUCAGCCACAGAAGACAGGCUGUCUUUGUCUCAUUCAGAGGCCCAGCAGCUGAAGAUCUCACGGAAGGACUUUGAAAAUCUAGUAGAGAGUUACAAGAGCCAGCUGCAAAAGACACGUUUGGAAUCUGAGGAGUACUCGCUGAGACUGGAGCUGGCGGAGAAGGAGGUGAGGAGUGAACGUGCGGAAGUGGAGAGAGAGGUGGACCAGGGCCGCAAGCAGCUCCAGGCCCGUCUGAAGGAGCUGGAGGGGCUGUAUGAAGCUUUGAAGAGCUCGGAGGAAGAGCUCAGGGAGACCAGAGAAAACAUGAACAUUCAGCACAGAAGAAACGCAGAGCUGACCAGUGCUCUGUCUGACAUCAGGAUCAAGAUUGAGCAGAAUGAUUGUAAAUCAGAGAUGCUCCAGGAGAAAAACUUAAUUCUAUUUGAAGAAAAUAACAAGCUCAAAUCUUCAGUGGACAGCAUGGAAAGAAAGAUGGAAGAGAUGAGCAUUCAAAACAGAGAUCUGCUUCAGGUGAUCGCCAAGAGAGAGGAGAACCUUCACAACACACAGCUGCGUCUGGAGGAGAAGACCCGGGAAUGUGACUCCCUCUACAGACAGGUGGAGCAGGCCAGAGAGGAGGCGCAGAAACAGGUGGACCAGAAUUUAGACCGUAUGCUGUCCAAAGAACGGUCAGCUCAGUCCAAAAAGCUGGACUUGGAAACCCAGUUGAGUUUGGCUAAAAAUGAGCUGGGUCAGCUACGCUGCAGCAAGGAUGAUAUGGAGAAGCGAUUUCAGUGCAAACUUCAAGACAUGAAGAACCAGUUAGAGCAGGUGAACAGCACCAAUCGCAGCCUGCAGAACUACGUCCACUACCUCAAGGCCUCAUACACCAAUGUUUUUGGAGAUUCUGCACUAACAAGUUCAAUGAACAUUUAAAUGGACCGCUUUAUUCCAUGAAGUUUAUCACCGAACUAUUUAAUUCAAUACUUUUAAUGUCUGAAAGACCUUGUAAUAAAAUAUGAAAAACAUCU